AUGUUAAGCCGUGCGUCCUUGCUACCCAAAAUAGCUCGGCGCCGCUACCGCAGUCAUGGAGCCGGCAUCUUCUAUCCGCCUUCGAGCGGCGUUGCUCCGUUGAUCGAGUCCGAAUCAAAAUCCAGACGUCGGUUUCACAAGCAGCAUACAACUGCAGACGUCCUCCUGGCUAGUACCGGAACUUCAAACAGUCCGUCUGUCAAGAAUGCACUGCGCCCUUACAGCUGUGACCCGGCCGCAGAAUCCUCGAUGAGGAUGACCCAACCUUUGUCAUCGCAGGUGAUCACCACUCUUUCACCUACAUUCCAGAGAUUCGCACUGAAGGACAAAGUGGCGAUAGUCACCGGCGGCGCCCGAGGCCUAGGAUUAAACAUGACUCAAGCUCUCUGCGAAUCCGGGAUCAAGGCAGUAGCCAUCUUCGAUAUCCAGCCCACACUUGGCGAGUCCAUGGCAAAGGCUCUUUCGACCUCCACGGGCAUUCCGGUCAAGUAUUACAACGUCGAUGUUGUCGAUGAGGAAGGCGUCGACUCCGCAGUCAAACAGGUCGCUGAGGAGUUAGGUCAGAUAGACAUCCUCAUCAACUCAGCCGGCGUAGCAUUCUCCAACAUCCCAGCCGAAGCGUACAAGAUGUCCGAUUUCGAAAAGACCAUCAACAUCAACCUCAUCGGCUCCUUUCGCAUCGCCCGCGCCGUCGGCAGACACAUGAUCGCCGCCACACCCACACCCACAAAUCCAGCCCCCAAUGCUGAUCUUCCAGAUCGAAGCAUCAUCCUCAUCGCCUCCAUGUCCGGCACCAUAGUGAACUACCCUCAACCCCAAGCCGCCUACAACGCGUCCAAAGCUGCCGUGAUCCAACUAUCCAAAUCUCUGGCCUCGGAAUGGGCCAAAUACGGCAUCCGUGUCAACACGGUCAGUCCCGGCUAUAUGGAUACGGCGUUGAACAGAGUGCCGGCUUUGGAGGGGCAGAAGGAGAUGUGGAAGGAGAGGACGCCAAUGGGGAGACUGGGGGCCGUGGAGGAAUUGAAUGGGCUUGUGGUUUGGUUGGCUGGUGAGGGAAGCAGGUUUUGUACUGGCGCGGAUCUGAGGGUGGAUGGGGGCUAUUCCAUUUGGUAG